GUAUGCCAAAGCAAAAGUAUCGAACCAGGCUUAGUGUAGCGGGUCCCAUGUCACUUUUACAUAGCAACAAGCUGACAUCAAGCUCUUACAAUACCCUCGAAUUCACCUUUUUUGUUUCUCCAUAUGCUUAUAAUGUUCCAUUGCAAUUCUUGUAAGCAUUCUUGGUUGUUGCUUUGACUGUUCCAGUUCCAGUGACACUCUUGCAGCAAAGCAAAGGCUCAGCAAUGGUGGAUUGGGCGCCUAUUGUGAUAGGGCUAUUGCUCUUCAUACUUCUCUCACCUGGCCUCCUCUUCCAGCUUCCAGGAAACACCCGGACUGUGGAAUUUGGCAACUUCAAAACCAACGGGAAAGCAAUUGUGAUCCACACCAUCCUCUUUUUUGGGCUCUUCACUAUCCUCAUUUUGGCAGUCGGCAUCCGCAUCUACACUGGCUAAUUUUUGUACGCAGAAACAGAAGGGAUCAUCCAAUGAGACCUGGUUGGCACUAAAUUUUAACUUUUUUUUUUUUAUUCUUUUCUAUUUAGUUUGGUUGUGUUUUCUAUGUGAUUUCAUCAUCUCUCCCCUGUAGAAACUGCAUAGUAAUUCUUUGCUCUGUUUUUCAUUGUGUGAGGCUUUUGUUUUUUUGCGGUUGACUGGUCGUGUCAUUUCUUGAUGGUUGACUCCAAAUUAAGGUAUUUUGUCAUAGUCAUGCUACAUUUCUCUCCUUCUUUCUUUUUUUCAAUUUGUGAAAGUUGCCAUUUGUGGCAAUCGAAAUUGACAGGGGUUGCAGAUGAAAUUGGGAUUUAAUUAUCAGUUACUAAGUCUGCAAUAAAGCUGCAAAUA